AUGAUGGGUGAAAUCACAGCUGUUGCUACACAUCAAUCCCAGGAUGUGGGAGGAAUCAAGGUCCAGAAUGAAGAUGAGUUGCGAUUGGCUCAGAUGGGUUGGUUCUCACUUUGUCAUUUGUUGGUAUGGCUUGGUCUCGGGUUGGGAUUGAUCACAGCUAUCAAUGCCGGUGGACCUGGUGCCCUAAUUUAUGGCUUCAUCCUUGUGUUCAUUCUUCAAUGUUUUGUUGGCGCAUCGCUGGCAGAAUUUGUCUCUGCAUAUCCCGUUGAAGGUGGUAUGUAUCAUUGGAUUGCGGCAAUUGCCCCAAAAAGAUACAACAGUCUUCUGAGCUUUGCGACGGGGUGGUGUACUGUAUUCGGGUGGAUCUUCACGACUGCAUCGACCAAUUUGAUAUAUGCCACAACCGUCAUGGCCUUGAUUGCUCUCUACCACGAUGAUCUGGUCGUCAAACCGUGGAUGACAUUUGUGGCAUACCAGAUUCUUAACAUUUUCACUUCAGGGAUUGUCAUGUUUGGGAACAGGUUUAUCCCCUUGAUCAACAAAUUCUCCUUGAUUUACCUGCAGCUGGCGUGGUUCAUUACCAUGGCUGUUGUUGCUGCCUCGGCGCCAGUGCAUAAUGACAGCAAGUUUGUAUUUCGCACCUGGAUCAACAACACCGGCUGGGAGAAUAAUGUUAUAUGCUUCAUCACCGGCUUGGUCAACCCGCUAUAUUCGCUCGGAGGCUUGGACGGGAUCUCGCACAUCACAGAAGAAAUGCCCAAUGUUUUGCCCAAAGUUGCUCCCUGGGCCAAAACUGAUAUUGUGCUAGCCAUCACCCUUUCCAUUGCCUUCGUAACAGGGCUGUCAUACCUUUUGAGUCUUAUGUUCUCCGUCCAGAACUAUGGUACUUUGGCUGAUACCAGUACUGGACUUCCUCUGGCUGAGCUUUUCUGGCAAGCGACCUCAACUAGGGGAGGCGCCUUUGGUCUCGUUUUCAUGGUUUGGAUAGCUCUGGGCCCAUGUGUGAUUGGCUCUCAGUUGAGCACCGGGCGAGUUUUCUGGGCCUUUGCGCGCGACGAAGGUCUUCCCUUGUCAAAGGUCUGGGCCCGUGUAAACCCCCGUCUUGGAUCGCCAUUCAAUGCCCAGCUCUGUGUUGCUGUGAUUGUUGGUCUCUUGGGGUGCAUAUAUUUGGGAUCGAGUACGGCGUUCAAUGCAAUGAUGAGCUCUGCUGUGACGAUCAAUAACUGCGCUUACCUUGUGCCAAUUCUCACGAACGUUCUGCUUCGGCGCCGGACGAUGCAUCGCGGUCCAUUCUUCAUGGGCCAUGUUAUCGGAAUGACAGUGAAUGUAGUGUCAGUGGCUUGGUUGAUUUUCGCCAUUGUCUUCUUCUCAUUCCCGUAUGAGAUGCCGGUCACAGAAUUAAAUAUGAAUUAUACGUGCGUGGUGGUUGGUGGGUUCCUGAUUAUUGAGCUUGCGUGGUGGCUCAUUGCAGGCAAACGGUAUUCAGUGACGGUGCAGCGAGCUCGUGAGGAAAGUGACGACUCAGUCGGAGCAAAACAUCCAAGCACGUAA